CCUGUUCGCACCUCUAAUAAACCUCCGCCUUUGUUUAUAUAACACCGGUAGUUGGAACAUUUGGGCAAAAUAUGGAUGGAAUUGGAGUUUGAAUCGUCAGGUGAUGGUCUGACUACUAGGACAGAUUGUGCCACAGGAAUGUAUUUUUAAGAUGUUUUGGUGAAAUUUCUGAAAUUAAAAUUGUAUAUAAAAGGAUUGGAAAUUGUGUGAUUUUGGUGAUAGAAUAAAUAACAUGUCAAGCUUAGCAUUAUCCGAUGGAUCAGUGCAGGAAUAAUGAAAACGUGGAAAGCUGACGUUUGAUUUGAAAUAAUCUAAAUUGAAAAUCGUUCCACAAUAAACCGUCAAUAAUCGAAGGACUUCAAUUGACGAACAGCAAUUUAAAGAAAGUGCGCCAAUCUCCGCCGCCAUGCAUCGCGACAGGAGGCGCGGACCUCCCCGGAAGUUGGAGAAGAUGCUAUUCAUCAACCACAAAGAGGACCAGCUGCUGGAUGCGCGUCUGGCCGCUCUUCGCCUUCAGGCCAAAGUCAAGGGCAUGGAACUCGAUCUUGAGCGGAUCAAGGUGCGAAACGAGUUGCGAGCGAGUCGGAAGAAACAACUCACCAUAAAUGAGGCGAUCGCUUCCGGCUUGUUUCCGGGAGCUGAUGAAGGGUUACCUAACUUAAGAGGCGGCAGGCGGGUGUCGGAUUUUGGAACUUCCGGUGGGAAUAGGCCCGCAGGGUCUGCCCCGUCUCGGGGUAAAGGAAGUAGCGGCCUAGAGCCAAAGUCUCCAGAAUUCUCAAGAAGUACAUCUUUCGUGCAACCACGUGGAACGGUUGGUUCCCGAAACACCAACCAGUUUACCCGCCAACCGGCUAUUCCUGAACAUGACGAAAUUGACAUUAAUGGUUCCAGGGAUAUUAAGUUGGCUUCGGACGAUUCCGUUGGCGCGUAUGUUCUUGGCGAAUUUGAGAAAAUAUCUCAAGUCGUUCCGGAAAUUCUUCGCGCGCUGGCAAAAAAGAAAGAAAAACAGCAAGCAGCUGAUGAACUGAUAAGGCUUAGAGAAAUUCGAAAACAAAGGGAGAUUGAAUCAAUAUCGGAUCUAGUUGAAGAGUACGAACCAGAUAUGAACAAGGUCAGAAAAACAGUUGGUGCUGUGAAAAAGCUGCGCCAACGCAUGAGUUUAAGCAAACGAUUGGAAAUGCCGAAAAAGCAUAAGCCGUUAGAUCAGAUGAUCAAAGACAAAACAGAUGAGGUCGGUGAAAAUGACGAAUAUACCGACGGAACUUGCUCUCUAAUGAAAAGACGGUUGGAAAAGAAACGGCGCGGGUCGGCGGCGUUCGUUUUAGAACCGUCUUUUAUGCAACGGCGAAGCUCCAUAGUUGACGGAGGCGCCAGUAAUGGAAGGCGGCCGUCCAUUGCACCGGAAGGGCUGUCGCGCCGCGCAUCGUCGUUGACCCAACUUCCGCCGGCUCUUUUACGAAGCUCCACGACGCUCAGUGGCAUGGGGUCCGUUAACCGACCGACGGCCUUCGGAAUGUCCGACAAUGAGGAAGACAGUCCAUUAAUUGACGAAGACACAUUGAUCUUCCGUCAACGAGUCAUGCGCGAGUUGGAUAAGUAUCGUGCGCUGCAGGCACGUGUAACCCGCUUCGUUGACAGUACUCGUGCGUACGCCCGUCCGUCGUUUCCGGUAUGGGAAGGAAUGGUGUCUAUUAGACACUAUUGACGGGAAUAUCAGUGUUAUGUAAGACAGACUGACAGUGAUGGAUAUUUAUGAAGUGUAGUGUGUAAAGAAAUGAAUAAUGUAUUUACAUUUAACUGUUGUAUGUACAUGAAUAAUAAUAUGCGCUCGCUAUAUUUAUGGGAUGCUUGUUCAGAAAUGUUUUAAAGUUAAUGACGCUGUCAACAGUAUCUUCGUUAACUUUUAAAGGUGAAAUAUUUUAGUAUGUGCUGAUAUAUUUCAAUAAAAGCAAUUCUCUCAAUAUUUGUGAAAAGUACCGUAGGUUACAUGGGUGUCCAUGACACUUUGAGGGAAUCUAACAUUUGAGAGUAAACAAGGAUCCCAUGAACACCGUUGUUAAAUUGAACAAUGUU